CUUACACACGUCUCCUCCUAAUUCCUAUUUUCAAAUUCCACCCACCCAUAUUCCCAAUGCUCGAAGUCGCCGCCUCAAUCCGUCGAAGCUUCUAGUGACAAAGGCAGCUUGGAAUUCAUCGAUACACAUAGAGAGAAAGAGAGAUUUCUUUUCUAUUUUCUGUAACACUGAAAGCUGCGUCGGAUCUGUUUUCCUUUCUUGGCUAUUUUUUGUUGGAGGGGAAAGAUAAUUGAUUUUUGGUCAGAGUCCAGUGCAGCUGUUGGGUUCCUCUCAUCAGAAGAUGAACUUCUGGUCAUCAUCAUACCAAAUGCAGGUAGACUUGUCUUUUACAUCUAAAUGGAUGCCAAAAAAUUUAUGCAGUUGGUUGAGGAGAAAAAGAAGAGAGUAUUGGCGAAAAGAGAAGCCCCCAUGAAAUGGGAGCAGAAACUUGAAGCUGCUGCCAAGGCAAAAGCUGAUGCUGAAGCCGAAGAGAGGAAGGGGAAGGCUGCUAAACACAAGAGAAGAUCCGUGUCAGGGUCAGAUAGUGAUAGCUUCUCUGACAGUGGUGAUGAGGAGAGAAAGAGGACAAAAAAAUCCCACAAGAGAAGAAAGCAAAACCAUUCCAACUCAGGCGACCAUGAGAAGAGGAAGGAUAAGAGAUCCAAGCACAAGCCGAGGAGGCAAUCCUCGAGUUCAGAUUAUAGCAGUAAUGAAUAUGAUAGUGAUUCGGAAGAGGAAAUGAAGAAGAAGCAUGACCACAAGAAACACAGGCGUGUUCGUACAAGUUCUGAUUCUAGUGACUCAGAUUCUUCAAGUGACGAGAAUGAUUAUGCUAUCAGAAAAAGAAAUCGAACAAAGCAUCACAAACAUCAUCGGAAGAUUGAGUCUAGGCAUCCUGAAUCUUCAAAAGAUGAUGAUGCAACCAAAAGAAGAAGCCAUGCAAAGCACCAUAAACAUCAUAGGCUGGUAGACUCAAGUUCAGAUAUUUCCAGCAAUGAGGGGACUAAGAGAAGGAAGAGUCAUGCAAGACGCAACAAAUCUCAUCAUCGAUCGCAUGAUCAUGACUCUUCAGAUUCUUAUGAAAACGGACAUGGCAGGAGGAGCAGAUCUCUGGGGAAUUCAUCUGAUGACAAUGAUGAACCAGGCAGGAAAGAAAAGCACGAAAGGAGUCGUCAUAGACGUGGUCGUCACCACCAUCAUCACAAGAAUGGACAUCGCCAUACGAAUGAGCCACCACAGGCUAAAGAUCCAGCUCAGCAGCCUGCAGAGCCCAAUGGCGAACGUAUAGAACGUGCUUCUGAGGCAAAUAUGAAUGGUCAUAUGAAUCAACAUGGUCAAAAUCCUUAGAUUCUUCAAACAGAUUACUGCUUGUCAGUUUAAUUUGUAAUUUGACUUACUGAAGACUGCUUUUUAUUGCCUCCAUUGUUUCCUGGAUGCUAAAAAACAUAUUUGAUUCAGGAUUAAAUUGUGUUUUGAGAUCUCUGAAUUUGUGCUUAA